ACCUCUCUCUCUCUAAAUUUAUAUCAAAAUUUAACCCUCCAAUUCAUCUUUAUCACUCUCAAUAUAUAUCUUCCAUUUUCUUUCCCAAAGAACAGUUUUUUUUUCCUCCCAUAAUAUUAAUAAUAAUGGGGGGUUUCUUGUUCUAUGUUAACCAAUUAUUAUUAUUGUUCAUGUUUAUAAUAAUUUUGAGAUUGGGAUUCAAAGUUGAAGUUGAAGCUAAAAUUCCAGCCAUCAUUGUGUUUGGAGAUUCAUCUGUCGAUUCAGGUAAUAACAAUGUGAUUAAAACAUUGUUGAAAAGUAAUUUUAGGCCUUAUGGACGUGAUUUCCUCGCCGGACAACCCACCGGAAGAUUCUCUAACGGCAAAGUUCCGCCGGAUUUUAUUUCUGAAGCUUUUGGUUUGAAACCAACCAUUCCGGCUUACUUAGAUCCAGCUUUUACUAUUGCCGAUUUCGCCACCGGAGUUUGCUUCGCCUCCGCCGGUACUGGCUUCGAUAACGCCACCUCCGACGUCCUAAAUGUGAUACCACUAUGGAAGGAAGUGGAGCUUUACAAGGAGUAUCAAAUGAAACUAAGAGGGUAUCUUGGGAAUGAGAAAGCAAAUGAAGUGAUAAGAGAAGCAUUAUAUUUAGUAAGUUUAGGAACAAACGAUUUCUUAGAGAAUUACUACACAAUUCCUCGAAGGAGACUUCAAUUUAGCAUUCAACAAUUUGAAGAUUUCCUUUUGGAAUUGGCAAGAAACUUCAUCAAAGAAAUUUACAGUGUUGGAGUUAGAAAAAUUUCAUUCACAGGACUCCCUCCAAUGGGCUGUUUGCCACUUGAAAGAGCAACAAAUGUUAUGGCUAAUUUUGAUUGUGUUGACAAAUACAAUCUUGUGGCUUUGGAAUUCAACAACAAAUUGGAAGCUUUUGUUUGGGAUUUGAAUACACAGCUCCCUGGUCUUACUAUGGUCUUCUCAAAUCCUUAUCCUAUAUUUUAUCAAAUCAUCACCAACCCUUACUCAUUUGGGUAUGAGGUGGCUGGAAAGGCAUGCUGUGGAACAGGGACAUUUGAGAUGAGUUAUUUGUGCAAUCAAGAAAAUUCAUUAACUUGUCCAGAUGCAAGUAAAUAUGUGUUUUGGGAUGCCUUUCAUCCCACACAAAAGACCAACCAAAUUAUUGUCAACCAUUUGCUUCCAUCUCUUCUUUCCACUUUUAAUUAAUUUACUUCUUUUCAUUUAUAAACAAACAACAUUAAAAAUUUUCUAUUUCAAUAACAUUAUUUUUUAUUGCUCA